UCAUGGGUUGAGUCGUAUUGCGACACUUGUCUACAUACUAUCCUAAGUCGCAACACAACAGCCAAUUAGAGAGCAGAACGUUGUCGUGUUCUUUUACAUGGCAGUGGAAAUGGUUAACCUGUACGUUUUGCAUGAUACAUCCCGCCUUGCAUCGCAUGUCGUUGAUGCACUCCGUGCGUGAUGCCGAUCGGAAAAUGCGUUGCAUUACCCGUGCAAUUAGUCAUGAGAGAUUGAACCGCGCAGAUAAACGAGAGCGUAUCCUUUGUGAGGAGUUGUUAACGGCCCUCGCGAGAAUUUGCACGCGAGUGUUUAAGGCGAUUUUAUACCGUGAAAUGCGGUGAAAGUGAAACCAUGGAUUUGUGUGCAAUUUCUGGAAUUUUGUUUUUGAGUGCUUGCUAUUUGCAUUUUAUAUCGACAUAUUUGUAUUUGAGACGGAAGAGGCAUCGUAGAGAAAGAAGAUGGUGGGUGAGAUCCAUAAAUAAAACCAGAAAUGAAUUGGGAUACUUUAAUAAUCAAUUUAAAGAAGCGUAUGAGACAGAUCAUGAAGAAUUCUUCCAUAUGACAUGGAUGACACCUGCCCAAUAUGACCAUUUGUGCAAUCUUGUCAGACCUUUUUUUACAAAGAAAAGUAUGCGGAAACCUAUCUCAGUAAAUGAACGGGUAGCUAUGACUCUUAUGUUCCUUACCCAUGGUGAUAGUGUUAGAUCAAAAUCAUGGGAAUUCCGAAUUGGUAGAUCAACUGCAUAUAAAAUUAUUUCUGAGACCUGCGAUGCAAUCUGGCAAACUCUUCGUACCCAGUACCUGCCAAAACCUUCACAAGAAAUAUGAGAGAAAACAAUUCAUGGAUUUUGGAACCAGUGGAACU